CGGUCCUUCGCAAACCAAGUUCAUAAGAUUCACAUCAAAUCUAUUGAGCAACAUGGGCCAUCCGCUUAGGGUUUUGCUGGCUCUUGCAGCGGGAAUUGCAUUCACAGACUCGUUUGUGUAUGGAUUGCCGUCCAGCAACUAUGUGCUCCACGAAACGAGGAAUCCGACUGGAACCAGCCAGGUCAAUAGCCAUCGACAAUGGAAACGUGGCGAUCGCCUCGACCGAGAUGCGAUAAUUCCACUUCGAAUUGGCUUAGUGCAAAGUAACAUGCACCUUGGGUAUGAUAAGCUGAUGGAAGUCUCUGAUCCAUCAUCCGAAAACUUUGGCAAACAUCUUAGCGAGGAUGAAGUUCAUGAGUUGUUUGCCCCCACUCAUGAGACUUUUGACGCUGUUCAUUCUUGGCUGGUUGAGUCUGGCAUUAACGCAACAGACAUCCGCCAGUACGUCAAUAAAGGAUGGCUCGCUAUCGACCUACCUGUUUCUCAUAUCGAGGAUUUAUUCCUAACACAGUAUCACGAGCAUGAGCGGGAAGGUGUGAUCAAGAUUGGAUGCGACCAAUAUCAUGUUCCUAAGCAUCUCGCAAAACACAUCGACUAUAUUGUGCCUGGCGUCAAGUUAUCGCCACCCAUGGUGAAACGUUCCCUAGAAAGGCGUACCGACACUAGCUCCCAUAACUAUCGAAAGGGCUGGAAGCCGAAGCAAAUGCCGCCGAGUCUGUUAUCAUUGUCUAAAAAGCCUCCCCCAAGCUCCAAACUCCCGGCCGAUUUACAGGACUGUGCGCGGAACUUCACUGCUAUCUGUUACCGUGCGCUGUACCAGAUCCCAGCAACCAGCAUCCCAGUUCCGGGACAUGAGCCGGCAGUUUAUGAGUCCGGCGACACAUUCUCUCAGGAAGAUAUUGACUCAUAUUUCCACAAAUACGCCCCUUACAUCGCCAAUGGCACGCAUCCCAAAGUCUUAUCAAUUGAUGGUGGUGAAGCACCUGUGCCCGCUGAUUCCGAGUUUAACACCGGCGAGUCUGACAUUGAUAUCGAUAUUAUUCAGACUUUGAUCUGGCCGCAAUCCAUGGUCUUAUACCAAGUGGAUGACCGACUGUACACCACCGCCAACAAUUAUUCGGGCUUCUUGAACAACUUUUUGGAUGCUCUAGAUGGAUCUUACUGCCAUUACUCAGCAUAUGGCAUCUCAGGAGAUAGCCCGGGGAUUGACCCCUCGUAUCCUGAUACCCGCCCAGGUGGGUACACUGGUAAACGUCUGUGUGGCGCUUACAAGCCGAAUAAAGUCAUUUCCAUCUCGUAUGGUGAGGGAGAGAUUGAUGUGCCCAAGAACUACUUUCUCCGACAGUGCAAUGAGUGGCUCAAAUUGGGCCUUCAAGGAACUACAGUUCUAGUGUCUUCCGGAGAUUACGGCGCCGCCAUGCCGUCUGGCGAGGACUCAGCGAGCGGUUGCCUGUCUGGGUCAGGUCAAAAUCAGACCAUCUACAACCCUGGAAACCCUGUUUCGUGCCCAUACCUCACUGCCGUUGGUGCUACCCAACUUGAGCCUGGUACAACUGUCCUUGAUGCAGAGGGCGCCAUGCAGACGAACCUUGGCCCCGGAGCCGAACUUUUCGCCUCUGGAGGCGGUUUCUCAAAUUAUUUCCCCGUGCCAGACUACCAGAAGGCAGCAGUCAAAAAAUACUUUGCCAAGCACGACCCGGGCCACCCUUACUAUGUUGCGAAUAGCGACGCGAGCAACAUCGGAGAGAACGGAGGAAUCUACAACCGCGCUGGUAGAGGUAUUCCCGAUAUCUCAGCCAAUGGUGCCAAUUUCCGCGCGUUCAAUAACCUGAGGGACGGCCACUGGUUCGGAACAAGUUUGGCAGCACCUCUUUGGGCCUCUGUCAUUACCCUUAUUAACCAAGAGCGCGCCAAAGUCGGCAAGAAUUCCGUUGGGUUUAUUAACCCGGUUUUGUAUGCCAACACCGACGCCCUCACUGAUAUCAAGCAAGGGUCCAACCCGAAUUGCGGAACCAGUGGCUUUACAGCAGUUGAAGGCUGGGAUCCAGUUACUGGAUUGGGCACUCCCAAGUAUCCGAACUUGCUGAAACUGUGGAUGAAGCUUCCAUAGAUAUAUUGUCUUCUGAGGUAGAAAUGUGAACUAUUUAUAUAGUAACCAGUAUUGAGAGCAGGAGAUGAAGUCAUGUUUAAUAUUUCC